AUCCAUUCUGGCUGGGAUGGAGUGCAACGUGUCUCGCCUCGCGUCGGCGGCAUCUUCUUCCACUUCCCCUCCCCACUGCCCCUCCAUCCUCGACCCCUCGAUCGGCAUCCACGUCGACUGACAGGAGCAAGCUGCAAGCUCUCGGAACUCAGGUAUGAUCCUGAUACGCCAAACGCGUCAUUCUGAAGUCUAAUGCGACACUGCAGCUUCCUUUCAUGCUCCCAGCUUCCAUGAAGGCGUCUACCUGCUUGUUUCUAUUCUAUGGACAGGAGUAGCAGCGGCGUUCACUGUGCGACAAAUGAUAUGACUGGCAUCGCUGUAGUACAGUGUGAAGCAGACAACGGUUGUAUCUUCGAACCCCACCGGGGGGGGGUUCCUACUACGGUUUCACGAAAUUUGAGCUUGACGGUGUCUGGCAACCAAUACUACCCGUUGAUCGAUGUGUUCCGCUGAAGAUCUUCAAUUAUUCCUUCUUGCAAUACACUACACUGGCAGGUUAUCGAUACUCGCAGAUGGGGACGUCGACAGCUGCGGGCCAAUAUGUUCAGGCAUUGCUACAUGCAGCUACCUUGGAGUACCCCGCAGUCACCACCAACCAAUGUUCCAGGCCAUAAAUCGUGUCAAUCAAGAACAACGUGCAUUGUACCAGGUUCGGUCGAAUGACAAUGUAUGGCAUCAAAUGCAUGCUGUACGUUGCAAUGCCCAAACUGAGGUCACCCAACAGAUGCGUCUGCGAUAGCCUGGCUAUCGCGCAAGUUGUGCAAAAUCGGACUGGAAGAACGCCGAGGAAGGGCAGUUCGGAGAACAUAAAAGGCGUCAAGGUCUAGCAGUUCUCUUACCAUCCACAAGUCCAUUCCUAUUCUCUACUUCGACAUAACCACAAGACUCCGAUUUCCCGCCAUCAUGCCUCAGGAUCUCAAGAACGCCCACUACUCCUAUGACUACCUCCACGGGCUCAGGGAGAAAUACGAGAAGUCGGCUCAGGACUUCUGCCGCGGUAUGACCUUUGAAGACGCCCUUGCCCAUGUCAACUCCACCGGCCGCACAGACUUCACCAGGGAACAGUUGGAGGCCUUUGACACCAACCAUGACGGC